AAUAGAUAAAAACAUAUACCGAAAAGAAAAUGUUUCGUUUUAAUUGAUUUGAGGUGCAUCAGUCUCAAUAGAAGUCACCGAAGAUGGAAAUAAGCAGCAGUCUGAACCUUCAUAACAACUUGAAGUGUAGCGUCUGCGACAACUACCUGAACAUACCCCCAGUUCUAACAUCGGAGGAUGGGAAGGUAAACAAGUGCGGGCGAUGCAACCUAAAAGGCCCAUACCUGACAAACAGGAACUCGCUCUAUGAAUCCAUAGGGUCAAAACUGAAUUUUCCUUGCAUAAACGAGCAGUGCAAGGAGAGACUUUCCUGGUUUGAAGUCGAACGUCACGAAAAGUCCUGCCCCCACAGAAAGAUCCCGUGUCCCUUUUGGGCGUGUAGAGAUAAAGACAUCCAGAUGAACGCACUGAACGAUAUAAGCCAUUUCCAAACCGAACAUCCUGGCAUCAUGUGCAAUGACAAGUUGACCAUUGACUUGAACGGGAUAAAACGCCACAAUUCCUUCAUGAAGGUGCUAACUGUGGACAGUUUGCCCUAUUUGAUCAUAGUACACGCUGUUGGUACUGGAGAAAGGAUAUGGAUUGGAGUCUUCAAUUUCGACACCACCAGGAAGGAUUACCAGAUAAAGCUAUACUCUGGCAAGCAAUUGCGGAAGUGUAUCAUUUACAAGGAACCUGUUACCUUGUACGACGAAAACGAGCAGUGUUUGUACUGCUUGCAAAAUUUGUGCUCCAUCGAAACCCAUAAAUAUUCCAAGAACUAUUCGGAGACGCAGAAGGAAAAGUUCAAGUUCUACACUAAAGUCGACGUGCUUUGCACGAAGAACGUACUCCUGUCAGAGGAUAUGCAUUUUGAGAUUAGCAUUGUUCCGCCAGAAGUUCAAGUGCCCAAUGGAACAGCCUGAAGAAUAUAUUGUGAAGGACAAUCUCCUUAAGUGAUCGGCCUUAUUUAGAACAAUUUGAUAUAAAGACCAAAAUCGUCAUUUGAUACAGGAAAGUGAGUCUUAGAUUCAUACGAGGAAAAGUGGACGGGACAAAAUAAUCAUAAUUUUCAGUAAAUGGCGGACACUCACAAAAAUACUCGUGAUAAAAACCUCUAUGUAUAUUUUAAGUGCCUCCUAGAUUAUAUUAUCUCACAUUACCAUAAAACUGUAAUAAUCUUAACUGCGACUAACCAAAAAUGUUAGUUAGUUAUGAACUUAGUACAGAGUUUUUAUCCACAUCUAGGUAAAGGUUUUAUUGUAAUAAAAAAAAGUAAAUUUUUUUACUUUUUACUUUUCUUCUAUUACUAAGUUGUUAAAUUAAACAAAUGAAUAUUAAACAUUUUUAAACAGUACCAACCUACAUUUUCUUUUCUUUUCUUCGAUGAUCUGUUUCAGUUUUACCUAUUUCUGGAAACUCUUUUUCCUCUAAUAAACUGACAAUGAGACGUAAAUAAACUGAUUACAAUUGAAUGGCGGUCUUGAAUUAUUUUUUUUUAGAUAUUUGUUAUCUGAAAUCUUUUAUUAAUUACUUAUUUCAAGUAUCUAAUUUUAUCAUCAAAAUCAUCAGGUGCGAUAUAAUUGUAUACUAAUGUUUUGUUAUUGCAAUAAAGGUCUACUACAGUAA